AUGAUCCAACGUCGCCUAGUCCGUCGACAAAGCUCACUCGCGGCAGCCAAGAAGAUUUUGGCACAAGUCGACAGCGAGCCAGACAUCGAAAUCAAGAAGCCGGCGUCUAGAUCACGUUCGGUAGCUACCAAAAAGUGUGCGCCUGUAUCACCACCGGCAUCCAAGGACGCGUCGGAAGAAGACUUCAACCCAACUCUUCAAGACGACGACGGCGACGAUGUGAAGGACGCCAUUGAGCCGCCGCCGCCAAAGAGGCGCAAGGUCGAGAAGAACCCCAAAGCUCGAAAAGCAGACACCGCGAAACUCCAUGCGCGUCUCUUCGGCCCGCCGCAGCAGCAGCUGGCGACGCAGGAUGCCUGCUGCUCGCCCACUGCAUCAAGGACGCACGCCACCUCCUACCACCGUCCCCUCCUCCUAGACGGUCAGCCUGGCCGGCGCGGGCGCGAUGCCCUCCUCAGCUGGUUCGACUCCAUCAGCACAACCCGCGGCAUGCCCUGGCGCAAACCCUGGAUCGACCCUGCAAAGACCUCGCCAAACGACGUCGCCGACCUCCGCUGCGCCCUCGAAAAGCGCGCCUACGAGGUUUGGAUCAGCGAAAUCAUGCUCCAGCAGACCCGCGUCGCCGUGGUAAUCGACUACUGGAAUAGAUGGAUGGCCCGCUGGCCCACUAUUCAGGACCUCGCGGCCGCCGAGCCCGAGUACGUGCUGAGCGCCUGGCGCGGGCUGGGCUACUACAGCCGCGCCACGAGGAUUCAUGAAGCGGCGAAGCUGGUCGUCGCAGACCCGGAUUGGCGGGGUCUGAUGCCCUCCGACACGGCCGAGCUCGAGGCCAAAGUCCCAGGCGUGGGCCGGUACACGGCCGGUGCCGUUGCUGCCAUUGUGUUCGGCGAGGCGGCGCCCAUGGUUGAUGGGAAUGUGCUUCGCGUGCUGAGUAGGCAGCUGGGGCUAUAUGGGAAUGCCAAGACGGAUAAGGUUGUCAUUGAUUUGCUAUGGGCAGCUGCAGAUGCGCUCGUCAAGGCCGUUGCAAAGGACGGACCCGACGAAGAUGGUGCUGGGCUUGCUGAGAAGGCGCCGCUGAGUGACCGUCCUGGACGAUGGGGACAGGCCUUGAUGGAGCUCGGGAGCACCGUCUGCACGCCGAAGCCAAAUUGCGGCGAGUGCCCCAUCACCUCCACAUGCCGUGUGUACGCAGAGGGUCUCCAAAUAGCAGCCAAGAAGUCGAGAAAAGCGGCUGAAAAGGUCGAGGAUAUUGAGGACCUGUGCUCAGCCUGCGAACCUUUUGAAGAAGCCGCCGCAGAUGAGACCACGCUCUCUGAAGAAGAUUCUGAAGCCGAGUCGCUCAAGCGGAAGCCGGUAAAAGGGGCUAAGAGGGGCGUCAAGACGCAAUCGGGGCCGAAGCAGGCGACUUUAUCCGCCUUCUUCUCGUCGAAGACGGCAAAGAAGAAGGAGGAAGACGACGAAAAGCAGUCCAAUUUUUCCCAGAUCGAUGCAAGAACGCUGGAAAUUAUCGCAGAGCACGCUCGAAAAUUCCCAUUAAAGGUGGUCAAGAAGGCAGUCAGAGAGGAAGAAGUCCUUGUCUGCGCGAUCCGGCGCAGCGACGAUGGUCGGUUCCUUAUACAUCGGCGCCCAGAGAAGGGGCUUCUCGCUGGGUUGUGGGAGUUACCUAGCCACACGCUGCCGUCUACCAGCGGCAAAACCACGACGUCGCGGAAGAAAGACGCUCAAGGAUAUAUCUCGGGACUCAUUGGUGGUGGCGACAAGAAGUGGAGGCUGAGACAUGCCGGGGAGCUCGGUAGUGUGCCGUGGCUGUUUUCUCACCUGAAACUUACGAUGCAUGUGCAUCUCUUCGAGGUAGACGGCUCUGAAGACCUCGUCUCGUCACACGCGCGGCAUCGAUGGGCUACGGCUGAGGAGGUUGAUGAAGAAUCUAUGGGGACUGGGAUGCGCAAGUCCUGGGCCUUGGUGAGGGAGAGGUGCGAGUAG